UUUUGAUAAAUCUCAGAUUCUCAGUAACCCUACCCUAGUCUAAACGGCAAUUUUGCCAACUGAAAACGAAGAAGAGUGAUCGCAAAACGAAAGAAAAUUGAUCUGUCUGCCUUAUCGAUUCGUUUUCUUCUAUACUGUGGUAGCUUUUGAAGAAUAUUGCAAAUGGCAGCAGCUAAUAGCCCCAAUGUGGAAUCUGUUUCUAAACCACAAGUUGUAUACCGUUGUAAAAAAUGUCGGAGAAUUGUUGCCUCCAAGGAGAACAUUGUUUCCCAUGAUCGCGGAAAAGGUGAACAAUCCUUUAAAUGGAGAAAGAGAAGCGGUAACCCCUUGGAAGAGGAACCAGCUGAAUGCUCCUCUAUAUUUGUAGAGCCCAUGAAGUGGAUGGAAUCAGUACAAGACGGCUAUGUGGGAGAGAAGCUUCAGUGCAUGGGUUGCAAAGCUCGGUUAGGUUCCUUCAAUUGGGCUGGCAUGCAAUGCAAUUGUGGAGCUUGGGUGAAUCCGGCAUUUCAGCUACACAAGAGUCGAUUAGAUGAAUGCCAUAUUUGAGCAAGUUAGUUUACUGGCAUUUAAGAUGUGUGGGAGGCACAACAUAAAUUUUUAGGAUUCACAUGAUAUAUAAUUUUUUUUUUAUUUCCUUAUAUUUAUGUAUGGCCAUGUAGGGGGUCGCCAUUUGGC